AUGAGGACCGCAGCUUUGCUGUUCUUUCUCUCAUGUAUUGCUCCAGCACUAGCACAAAAUGAUGCCUCUCCAGCUGUUGCACCAGACGUAGUCUGCCGACCUUUCGGUCCAUGUGAACCAUGUCCAGAUGAUGCUCUUCACGAACCCUUCUGCCAACCGUUUGGCAACCGACGUCUCAUGCAUUGCACAUCUACCUACCGGAUUCCCUAUGAUUCGAAGAUACCGCCUGAUCAUGGCAUUAUGCGCCACUCCUCCGACCCACCACAAGGCGAGACGCCUGCAUGGGAGAGCUGUGGACGCAUAGUUGUGCAAGAGCGGGCAGAUUUCUGGGAGUUCGUCGCAUGCAACGUCCUCUUCGCUUCAAUUGGAUUAUUCCUUGUAUAUGCAAGGUCCAAGAAGAUACAGGCACUCCAAGCAAGGAAUCUUGCCGCACGGAUUGGCCUUAUAAGAGGCGGUAGCGGAUGA